CCUAGCCGUUACGUCAUUCAUUUGCCUAGAUCUUAUAUUUAUAGCAGCUCUCACCAUACGUGCUCUCUGUUUGGGAAAUUAAAUUCUGUGUGAGAAAGCCAAAGUUCCGAGAGUCUUAUUCAACGGCGAGUUUGUCAACUUGUACCGAUGCAUAGUCGGUCUUUGAAGAUUCAUAGUAAAAGCUGUGCUUUGCUUGUUAAUUGAAAAUUUGCCUUUAUGCUACAGUGGAGUGGUGUGUGGUUCGAAACCCCAAAUUGAUAAACACAAAUUGAUUCAUUCUCAUCUAUUCAAGGGUUGUGCUUCUUCAAUUGAGAAAGCUAGGCUUUUGUUGUUGAGUUGUGUUGAGUUGUUCUUUCAAUUGGACACACUUUUUUGAUAGAAGUGUGGUUGUGUUGGAGAGAUUUGGGCUUCAAAAGUGAGGGUGAAUUGUUUACAUGGGGAGGGAUUGUCAACCUAUAAUAAUAGUUAUGGAGGAAUGUUUAUUUGAAGAAAAUCUUACCUUUAUUAUAUAGCUGGUUGAGCAUUCUUUUUCAAUAGUUGAAAAUGGAAUAUCCAUUUUCUUCUCAAGAAAAGGAUAUUAGUUAUUGGAAUUCUCCCACAGCUCAGAUGGAGGGUGUGUCAUCACUAGAUGCUGCUUCUUCUGAAGAUCCUUUCAACAACAUUGCAGAGUUGAUGAAUUUCGAUACAGGAUGGUGCAGUACUCCUUCAGAACAGGUGUUUUCGUGUUAUGCCACUCCACCUCUAAUAUCAAUGCCCACAAAUCAGGUAACUCAAGAUCCAUUCAACUCUUUCAAGUCUAAUAGCAUGGAAGGUUAUUAUAGUGGAGAGGGGAUGAAGGUUCAGUCAACUCCUGCACAAUUUGUUCUUCCAUCAGAUUGUGCUAAUGGAGAUGACUCAACUUCUAAUAGAGGUAAUGGUUCUCUACAGCAAAAUAAUAUUUCACCUCGGGGAUAUUCUAAGAUCUCUAGGCCACUGACUGAAUCAGCCAGGGGAUAUUCUAAGAUCCCCAGACCAAUUUCUGAAUCACUUACAGAAAAGAUGCUGAGAGCGCUUUCUUUGUUUAAAGAGUCAUGUGAAGGGGGCAUUUUGGCCCAAAUUUGGAUGCCUAUUAGGUAUAGUGAUCAGUAUAUUUUAAGCACGUGUGAGCAACCGUAUUUGCUUGAUCAGAUGCUUGAAGGAUAUCGUGAUGUGUCGAGGACAUUUGCUUUCUCUGCAGAAUUAAAAUCAAGUUUAUUCCCCGGCCUUCCUGGCCGUGUAUUUAUCUCAAAAGUUCCGGAGUGGACCUCAAAUUUAAUGUACUACAAUAAAAGCGAAUACUUACGUGUGGAAUAUGCAGCUACCCAUCAAGUUCGUGGAUCUAUUGCUUUACCAAUUUUCGAGAGUGAUUCUCUUGAAGUGUCAGACAUGCCAUGUUGUGCUGUACUCGAACUUGUCACCACAAAAGAAAAACAUAAUUUUGACGCAGAGAUAGAUAAUGUGUGUCGUUCUCUCCAGGCGGUAAAUUUAAGGAGUAAUACACCCCCUCGACUUUAUAACCAGUGUCUUUCAAAGAAUCAGAGGGCUGCGUUAGCUGACAUAACUGAUGUUUUACGGGUGGUAUGUCAUGCACAUAAAUUACCCCUUGCUCUAACAUGGCUACCUUGUAGUUACUCUGAGGGAGCUAGUGAUGAAAUUAGCAGGGUGCGCAUCAAAAGUUGUAAUACAAGCUCAAUUGAGAAAUGUGUAUUAUGUAUUGAGAAUACAGCUUGUUACGUGAACGAUAGCAAUAUGUAUGGAUUUGUGCAUGCAUGUGCUGAUCACUUUCUGGAGCAAGGUCAAGGGGUAGCUGGAAAAGCUUUACAAUCCAAUAUCCCCUUCUUCUCAUCUGAUGUAAAAGGAUAUGACAUUAGUGAGUAUCCACUUGUUCAUCACGCACGCAAGGUUGGAUUGAAUGCUGCAGUUGCGAUCAGAUUAAGGAGCAUUUACACGGCUGCUGAUGACUAUAUAUUAGAGUUCUUUCUCCCUGUCCAUAUGAAAGGGAGUGUAGAACAACAACUUUUAUUGAACAAUCUUUCUGCUACCAUGCAGAGGAUUUCCAAGGGUAUGAGAAGAGUUUCAGAUUCAGAAUUAGCUGGGACAGAGGGUUCGAAUAUUGGAUUUCAGGAGCUACCAAUAGAUUUAUCAGGGAGAAGUUGUCAAGCUAAUUUAAAUUCUAUUAACAGGGUGCCUGAUGUAUAUGAUUCAAGAAAUGUUGGAAUAACAGCAGAUAAUUCUAGUCAACAGACAAGAAGUGGAUCAAAGAGACGGAUUGAGAAAAAGCGAGGUAUGACCGAGAAGAAUGUUAGCUUAAGUGUUCUUCAGCAAUACUUUUCUGGGAGUCUUAAGGAUGCUGCUAAAAGCAUUGGUGUUUGCCCUACUACCUUAAAGAGGAUAUGCAGACAACAUGGAAUCGCAAGAUGGCCAUCGCGCAAGUUACACAAGGUGAAACGAUCUUUAAAGAAAAUACAAACUGUGCUCGACUCUGUUCAUGGUAUGGAAGGAGGAUUGAAAUUUGACACCGCUACUGGGAGUGUCAUUGCAUCAGGUUCCAUCAUUCAAGAUUUUGAUGCUAACAAAAUUUCUCCUCUCAAAAAGCUUGAAGCAGUUGCAAAAGAUGCAAGCGGUUCAACAUUUUGUUGCGAUAAAUCUAACAUCCCUCCUACUGAUUGUUUUGAUAUCAUUAAAUCAGUUGCACUAGAUGAUGGGCGUGGCGAUGGGGUCAUUGAGCACAAGCAGCCCACUUCUUCGGGCAUGACCGACUCUGGCUCAAUGAUGAGUGGAAGUUCAUCAAGCUCUCCCAACUUUGUUGAACGGAGUUACCCGAAAAUCACAAGCUUUGGAGAUUGUGGAUCAAAAAUUACUGUCAAGGCAACUUACAGGGAAGAUACAAUACGGUUCAAGUUUGAGCCUUCUGCAGGGUGUUUGCACCUAUACGAAGAAGUUUCAAAGAGGUUCAAAAUACUAAUAGGGACAUUCCAGCUCAAGUAUCUAGAUGAUGAAGAAGAAUGGGUGAUGUUGGCGAAUGAUUCCGACUUGCAGGAGUGUCUUGAAAUAUUGGAUUGUGUAGGCACCCGUGUUGUGAAGUUUGCUGUUCGUGAUGUCCCUUGUGCCAUUGGGAGCUCUGGCAGUAGCAAUUGCUUCUUGGCAGGAGGCUGGCGAUAGUCAAUGGUAUGACAUCUUUGGUUUGGCACCGAUGUACUGUUAGAUCGUUUAGGGUCCUUGGUAGGUAGUUUACUCCAUAAUAGCUGAUGUAGUUCUGUCAUGGUUAGGGUUGGCUUUUCUUUUCAUCGAUUUUGCCAGUGUCACUUGUUAUAUAGUUCUGUAAAUACUAGUAGUAGUAAUGAAGGUUGUAGUUUUGUAAGGAAUACUGUACUGUCUUUGCAGUGCCCUACUGCAGACUGUAUAGUACUCCACAUAUGUUUAUAUAAGCAAAUAGAGUUUUGAAGCA